UUAUUAUUAUUUAUUCUUAUUUCUUUUUCACUUUUUUUCUCCUUCAAACGUUUCGUUUGUUUCCAUGCAGGAAUGAUAAUUUGUGAUGCCAAAUUCAUUGAUCAAAUAAGCCAGGCUUGCUAAGGAACAAGCUUCCGGAGGUUAUAGGUUCUAUUCUGCCAUUUUGACAAGCUGAGCUUUGUAAACUUCUGAAAAUGUCAUCUAUACAAUUGAAACGAGGUGCCAGCGAUAAGUCUUUGUCCCCUGUCGACCAACAAGCAAAGAUUGAUGAUGUUAGGAAACUAAUUGGCCCAGUAGUUGACAAACUACCAGUCCUUUGUUCAGAUGCAUCUAUUUUAAGAUUCCUCAGAGCAAGGAACUGGAAUACAAAGAAGGCGAGCAAAAUGUUAAAAGAAACAUUGAAGUGGAGACUUCAAUACAAGCCAGAGGCAAUCCGAUGGGAAGAUAUUGCUCAAGAAGCUGAGACGGGAAAAGUUUACAGAGCUAAUUACUGUGACAAACUUGGGAGGCCUGUUCUUGUCAUGAGACCUGGUCUCCAGAAUACAAACUCACCAGUGGGGCAGAUCAAAUACUUGGUUUAUUGCAUAGAAAAUGCUAUAAUGAAUCUGGUCCAAGAUCAAGAGCAGAUGGUUUGGCUUGUUGAUUUCCAAGGGUGGGCAAUGACAAGUAUAUCUGUUAAGGUGACUCGGGAAACUGCUCGUAUCUUGCAAGACCACUAUCCAGAGAGACUGGGCAUAGGAAUUCUCUAUAAUCCCCCAAAAAUAUUUGAAUCUUUUUGGACGAUAGUGAAGCCAUUCCUUGAGACUAAGACAUACAAGAAAAUGAAAUUUGUCUAUUCUGAUGAUCCAAAGAGCCUGAAAGUAAUUGAAGAAAUUUUCGAUUUGGAUAAGCUGGAUGUUGCAUUUGGUGGGAGAAACCCAGCUGGAUUCAAUUUAGAAGUGUAUGCACGACAGAUGAAGGACGACGACAGCAAAAGGACGAAUUUCCAUGGCUCUGGUUGUUCAUCACCAUUUUAUCAAUCAUCAAGUUUGUCUGAAUCACAACAACACGAGUCAACGGAUUUAGACCGCGAUUCCAAUGCUUCGGAUGAAGGCAGAUUAUAAUCUGUUGAGGAACCAACGGCUCCCAAAUCCGAAACGCAUUGAUGAGAACACGACACAAGGGGUGUCACCCAACUGCAAAGAUAUUCAGGUAGGUGAAGCAGCAGUUGCAAAAGAAGUACAAUAAGCAAGUUGACAGAAAGACUCAAUCCGGUUUCAAGUUUUUUUCCGGUACAUUUAAAUCUGGCUUCAAGUUAAAUUUCAUUAUUCUCUAACAUUUUGAGAAAUCAAACUUCAUAUUUAGAUAUUGACCUGGAUUCAGUCUUUCAAUGCAACCAUCUGAUUAACCACAUUAGAUUAGCUUGAGCUUUCAGCUUGAACUUUGACAUGAACUUUCACAGUUAUUUAUACACAAAUCAACUGUGAAGAACAAUAAACUUCUUCAUACCAAUAUUAAAUGUUUUUUUCCCGAUGUACAGAUUAUUUUAUUUUGUUGUGACUAUACCUUAUUCAACAGCAUUAUGACAAGCCAAACUUUAUGUUA